AUGUCUGAAGAAGAUUAUUCAAAUGCAUUACUUACCUUUGUUAAGGCUUUUCCUGAAACUGGAGAUAUACCCGAGAAAAUUGAGGAUCUUAAAUUCCCAAAACCAUUGUUUUUGCUUUAUGAAUUCCUCACGGGUGAUGAUAUUCAGGCAAAGGAUUUAACAGAAGGAACAGGAAGCACCGCUUGGCUUCAAACUCAUAAGGCAUUGAAGGCAUUGCUUGAGAAAUUGUAUCCUCUUGUUAAAGAUUGGACUGAAGUCAAAGUAGAUUCACUCUCAGUCGUUAGACGUGGCGACCAACAGAAUAUUCAGAACUUCAUCAUCUUAUUACUCAUUCUUGGCGUUCAUUGUGCUAAGAAAGACGAAGUUAUUAAUCGAAUUAAAAAAUUACCUUCUCCAACACCAAAGCAGUUAAUGGGUGUUUUAAAGAAAUACUCAAUAACUCCUAAGGAGCACAAGACACCUACAAAGGCCGAACCAGAAAAAUCUCCAGUAAAAGAAGAGCCAAAACAAGAAACUCCAACAAAACCAAGGGCCAAACCUGCAGAACCUCAAGCCACUCAGGAUAAUUCCCAGGAUGAUGAAAAAAUCAAAUUAUUAAAUUCACAAAAUGAAAAUCUUUCAAAUGAAAUUGAAAAAAUCAAACAACAAAUCGAGCAAGCAAAGAAGGAUAAGGAAGCAGCAGCAAGUAAUACAAACACAGGAAUACAAGAAAUCGCUUCAAUGAAAGCUGAUCUCUUCUCUAUUCAAACUCAAAACAAAGCCAACCAACAGAAAUUACAGAAACGUAAAGACAAGAAAGCUCUCAUGGCUAAACUUGAAGCAGAUCGCGAUGCCCUUAAGAAACAAGUCGAUGAAGCUGAAAAAUCUUCCGAAAAUUCAAACUCAAAGGAGAAAAUCAUAGAACAACUCAACAAACGACUCCAAGAAAUACGCCUUGAUCCUCGCAAUGAUAGAAUCGAUCAAAUUAAAGAAGAUUUAAAGAAAUACGAAUCCUUGGUCAAGAAACUCUACAAAGCCGAGGAGAGCCUUAAGAAUCGUAUCAUUGGUCAACAGAGUCUUUCCGCUCUCCAAGAACGUCUUCAAUUCCUCAAAGCUCUUGAACAGACAAAUAUAGACAGACUCAAACGUGCAAAACUCAAUCUUGCUCUUAGCAUGAAGACUUUGAGAUGUGAAUCGUUCCAAAAGGAGAUGCGCGCAAUCAUUUGA